AUGGCGGGCCCCCUGCGGGGCCGUGUGGAGGAGCUGAAGCGGCCGUGGUGGCGGGAGAGCUCGCCCCUGGUGCUGCAGCACAGCGAGGCGGCCCGGCUGGCGGCCGAUGCCCUCCUGGAGCGCGGCGAGGCGGCCUACCUGCGGGUCAUCUCCGAGGAGCGGGAGCUGCCCUUCCUGAGCGCCCUGGACGUGGACUACAUGACCAGCCAUGUGCGCACAGGCCCUGAGCUCAGCGAGGCCCAGGGGCUGGAGGCCUCGGGGCCUGACCGUCUCAGCCUGCUCUCCGAGGCCACCUCGGGCACUUACUUCCCCAUGGCCUCUGAUGUGGACCCCCCGGACCUGGACUUGGGGUGGCCCGAGGUACCGCAAGCCACAGGUUUCAGCCCCACCCAAGCCGUGGUCCACUUCCAGAGGGACAAGGCCAAGAACAUCAAGGACUUGCUGCGUUUCCUCUUCAGCCAGGCGCGCACGGUGGUGGCCGUGGUGAUGGAUGUGUUCACUGACAUGGAGCUUCUGUGUGACCUCAUGGAGGCCUCGAGCCGGCGUGGCGUCCCUGUCUACCUGCUCCUGGCCCAGGAGCACCUGAAGCACUUCCUGGAGAUGUGCUACAAGAUGGAACUCAAUGGGGGGCACCUGCCGAACAUGCGUGUGCGGAGCAUGUGUGGGGACACGUACUGCAGCAAGGCAGGCCGUCGCUUCACGGGGCAGGCCCUGGAGAAGUUCAUCAUCGUUGACUGUGAGCAGGUGGUGGUGGGCAGCUACAGCUUCACCUGGCUCUGCAGCCAGGCCCACACCAGCAUGGUGCUGCAGCUGAGGGGCCGCAUCGUGGAGGACUUUGACCGGGAGUUCCGCUGUCUGUACGCCGAGUCACAGCCCGUGCAGGGCUUCUGCAGCAGUGAGGAUCCGCUGUCGCCUCCGGCACUGCAUCCCCCCGCCGUGGCCCUGGCCUUGAGGCCUGGCAUCCCCAGCCCCACCUGCUCCUCACCCUCCAGCACCAGCCUCAGCAGCAUCAAGCACUCACCUCUCAUGGGCCGCACCUCCUACCUGGCUCUACCAGGAGUCCGUGGCUGCAGUGACAACGGUAUGGGGUCUUUCUCGCCAGGCCCUGCCCGUCGUGAAGCCAGUGGCCAAUCCGCCCUGCAGCGCCAGCUCUCAGACCCUAACCACGGCUCUUCUGCUGGGCCCUUCAGGCCCAACCUGGGCAAGAUGGGGGCAUCCCUGUGGUCCCAGUCCUCCCCCGCCCUCAACCACAGUAGUGCCAGCCCUUUGACCCUGGCAGUGGGGGCACCUCUGCUCCCUCGUCCACGCCCCCGCCCCCUCUUCCACUUUCCCAGGGGUGCCCCGGCUCUGUCUCGGCUCCCAGAGAAUGGGAUUCUGGGAAGCCAGGAGCCCAGCCCUCCGCGAGGUCAGCGGGGCCCUGGUGUGGGCCUGGAGACAGUGGAGGAGAGAAAGGUGUCUCUGAGCCAGAGCCACAGCCAGCUGGACCUACUUGUCCCCUUCCCUAGGGCCCGAGAGGCAGGAGGCCCUGACUCUGGAGUUACCCCUAACUCGGGCUCCUUGCAGCCUGCAGAGCACGCCCCAGAGGACAGGAAGUUGUCCUCAAGCCAGAGCUUCAGUCACCUGGAUCUCCUGUCUCAGGCCCAGGGGGGUACCCUUGAGUCAGGUUCCCUUAGACUUGGUGAUCAGGCUCCAGAGGACAGGAAGUCAUCCCCAAAUCAGAACCAUGGCCACUUGGAGCUCCUGCUCCAGGACCCCAAGGCCCAGGACCCCCGAGUGCCCCCUGAAGCCAAUUCCUCAGCCAGGCCUGGGAAACAGGGUCCAGAUGAGCGAUGGCAGACCCUGGGUCACAGCCAGCUGGACCUCAUCACAAAGUUUGGUCCGUUCCGGAGCGAGGGACCCGGGCCCAAUUGCCUUCCAGGACCCAGUCCUACAGGUACAGCUGGAGUGGGCCCUGGGGAGGAGAAGCGGCUGACUCUGGGCCAUAGCAAACUGGACCUCAUCACCAAGUAUCAUCAGUUCCAGGGUGCCAUGCAGGGGCCUGAGCCUGGCCUCCCUGGGGGCCCUGCCAGAGGCCACUGCAACGGAAGUAGCAAUGACCUGCUCAGUGAUGAGAAACGAAUGACUCUGGGCCACAGCAAACUGGACCUCAUCACCAAGUACAACAAGUCCAAGUUCAAGCUGCUCCGAAGUCGCUUUGAAUCCUAG